AAACAAGACUAUUAAGAUCUAUUGUAAACUUUCAUUCAUACACUAUAGUUAGUCAUCUAUUAUCCAUAUAUACACAAUGAAAAUAGAAAAAUUAUCUUUUUGUAGUUGUGGGACAAAUAAUAGAUAAAAAAUGUAAUAAAAGUAUACUCAAAAAUAAAUGGGACGGGUACGGGGCGGGUAUGGGGCGACAAUGUAUAAAACCGUAACCACCCAGUUACCCGUAAAACCAAAACGGAUAUUCCCCGCCCCAUACCCGUUCCCGAACUCCCUGAAUGACUUUGCUUCCUUCUUGCCUGUCUUGAAUCCAUCCUUGCUUUCUUGACCCCAAUCAAUGCGGUUUUCCCCGUUUUGACCGGGACGGUUCAGUACGGGUAUGAUCGGUCACAAUUGCAUCUACUACCCUGCCCUCCCCCUGCCUUAAUGCCCUAUCAGACCCCUUUAUCCUACCCCUCACCCUCAUCCCUAUCCCCUGUUGCAACAGCCGCUGCCGCCCCAUCCGAUUGUCGUUGGAUUGAACCGCCGACUAACCCUAGCCGCUAGGAAUAGACGAUCGAGAUGUGGAUUGAUGAAGAAGAAAUUGGAGCUCCAGAUUUAUGGCGCCACGAGCCGGCCUAGAAGAAGAAAGCAGAAGAAGAGUCAGGACAGCAAAAGCACACUCUUCGACGCUCAAACUGAAGACGCCUUCGCCGCCGUGUUCUCGUCGUCUGCCGAAGCCCCAUCGCCAUUGCCUCUGCCGUCGAUGGAGCCCCGUAGUCAUUUCCUUGCAGUCGUCGCCGAAGAUGGAGGUGUAAUGACGGUGUGCGACGCGACGAUACGGUGGUGCUGUGCAACGCGGCGGUACGGUGAGGAGAUGGCUAGUGAAGAUGGAGACGCAAUGGUCUUGGACGGAAAAGAACCGAUGCAGAGUUGUUUUGGGCUAAUUAUGUGGAAGGUAUUUUAGUAGUGUUGGACUCGGGUCGGUCCACCCAGCCCGUGGACCGGCCCAGCCUGUUACUUGCGGGACCGAAACCGGCCUGGUUCUCGGGUCCGGGGUAGGGCGGAUCUGGGCUCGGGUCUCACAUUUGGCGAACCGACCCGGGCCCGGGCCAAAUGGUUUUUUUUUUUUUUUUUUUUCAUUUUUGUGGUUCCACCUGGGUUGGGCUGAUGGUUAGGAUGAGUUUGGGGGGUUUGGGAGGGUGGGGUGAGGGGGUUAGGAAAGUAAAAAAAAAAUCAAACCGGAGGUCCGGCCCGGAACCGGUGGAUACCCGGACCGGUCCCGAGUCCACCAUUCCUGAACCGUCCCGUCUGGGCCUAGGGCCGACCCGGCCCGUACCCGAGUCCACCCCUAGUAUUUUAGUCACUUCAAUUGUAUUUGGUCUCAUUUUUACCCAUACGAAAAUAUGGUCUCAUUUUUGUCUAUUGGAAACCUCAUUGUAUUAUUUUUGUCAUUCUCAAAAGUAUUUAUGAGGUCCUUACCUUGAUUCAACAGGUUUUCUCUUCUUUCUUCCACUUUUUCUUCUCCUUUCUUCUGUCACUUCAUUUCCCUUGUUCUAGUUCGAAUAGAGGUGGUAAGGAUGGUGUUUGGAGACUACUAUUCUUGCUGGUUGAAGCUUUCAAUAAGUCACCCAUCCAUCUUGGCUUAGAAGUUGUUCUCUUCACUUGUUCUGAAUUUUUCUGAUCUGAAUUUUUUAAGUUCUGAUCUGAUCUGAUCUGAAUUUUUCUGAUCUGAUAUGAUCUGAUCUGAAUUUUUCUGAUCUGAUCUGAUCUGAUCUGAAUCUUUCUGAUCUGACCUGAUCUGAUCUGAAUCUGUCUGACCUGAUCUGAAUGUUUCUGAUCUGACCUGAUCUGAUCUGAAUCUGUCUGACCUGA